GUCAACAACAGUAGUUAGCAGUUAGCAGUAACGUUAACCCGUUACCGGGAACAUGCAGUGCGCGGCCCCGCUGAACAAGAAGAGACCGUUAGAGAGCGAGGAGCCAUGGAGACCGAAGCGGUUGUGUUUGGAGGCGGGACUUCAGGCCGUUGAGUGUCCAAUGGAAACGAUGGACAGUUUUACACCGUCCAAUCAGCAACAAGAACAGCAGGUCCGGCUCACAUGUCUCCGAUGUCUCGGAGGAGAACCGGGUCACAUUAAUCACAUCAUGGGCGUCUGAUCAGCUGAUCACUCCUCAGGACGAAGACAAACCGUCCACAUUUUCUUCUUCAGGUGUUUUUUAAAGUGUCCACUCCGAUCUGAUGAUGACGAGGUCAAAGGUCACGAUAAGGUCCGCUCCGUCGUCAUGGAGAAAAUCUGUCAGGAAAGUGAUGCAUUCAAAGACACUCCGACAUCUGAGAGUCGAAUC